AACUUAUCGUUAUCCAUUAAAAAUAUGGAAAAGGACGAAACUAUAGAAUAUUUAAAUCGUUGGUAUAGUAGGCUUCGAAGUCGAUAUGUUGAUUUGAUUGGUGAUUUUGGUGAGGGUGACGGUUUGCUUUACGAAUUCCUUUGUGAUCCAAAAAAACAUUUUCUUGAUUUUAAACAACCAUAUGGCGGUGGUCAAUUUUUGUCCCUUGCUUAUCUUGUAGAAACAUUUCUUAACAAACUCAAACAACGUGGAUGCGUCUUCCAUUUAGUAUUUUUUCAUGAGCAUAAAGUGAUUUGGGAUUUUAAUCCAAAAUUUCGGAUUGCCAGAGAAAUUAUAAUUGACCAUUUAAAAUCAUGUCAACACGAAA